UCAUAAAGCUUUUGAUCAAUUCACUCUCCAUUCUUAUUAUCUCUCUCCUUUUCUAUCUCCCCUUAUCUUUCUCUCUCUCUUUCUACAACAAAUGACCAUCUCAAGUCUCUCUCACACUCACUACCAUCUCCUUUGUUCAUGCAAGAUCCCAAGAACUCUCACACAAUUAGGAAGCCUUGGUACCAAAGAGCAAUAGAGAUGGCCACAUUAUGGAAACCCUUCCCAAAACCCCCCAAAAAUCCCACAAAAGACCACGAUUUUUUAUGGAAAUCAAUCUCCAAAACCAACGACAUCACCACAACCUCAACAAACGCCACAAAGAGGCUAAGAAAAUGCAAAUCCCUAAGGGUGGCAACCUCCUUCACCCGAGUUUGCCUAUGCGCCCCGAUCUCCUCCUACACCGAGGUUUUUCAAGUCGACGUCCCCCCUCGGAGGAGCUAUAGCUACCCUCGUUCAAAGCCUCCGGGCGCCUCCCCUCCCGAGAUGACCCGUAGCGCGAGAAUGAGCGUCGAGGGGAGGAAGAUCUUCCGCGGGAAGUCCCUAAACGACGACGUUUUGAUGAGGAGGUUCGUUGUGGAGGAGGAGGAGGCCAUGAUGAAGGUUAGGAAGAGAAAUGAGAUGGAGAUUAUUAGGAGGAGAAGUUGUUUGAGGAGGAAGAAAAUUGGGCCUAGUCCUUUGAGUAGGAUGGCUUUGGCUGAGGAGGAGGAUGAGGACGAGGAGUGUUAGGUUUAUUUUUUUUCGUUUUACGAGGCAAGGUGUUCUGUUGUAGUAUCGUGUGUCGUGUUUUAUUGUUAUAUAGUAAUUCACGUUUUUAUGUUGUUGACUGUUGACUUGUUGUGCUGUAUCGAAUGACAACAUAACUGGAAUAAA